UACUGUACAGUGCUUUUACUGUAGUGGGUGUGUGAACAACUGGAAAGAAACUGAUGAUCCUUGGGAAGAACAUAUGAAAUUUUUCCCUCAUUGUAAGCUAUCAGAUCCAGAAAGAUGGAUAUCAUCGGAAAAUAGCAAAAUGCAACCAGAGGCCAAGUCACAGCAUGAAAAGCAAACAUAUUACAAUGAGAAUUUAAAUGAGAUAGAAGCUGUCAGCUCAGCCACAACCAACAUUGUUCUGGAUGAACAUGAAUGGCUGCAAAGAAAGCUCUCAGAAGCUUAUAAUGAUUUCAGUUUCAGGAAAAUAUUUUCUUUUGGGGAUCACACUCAUUUUGCCGUUGACUUGAAAUUGCUUUACGGGGAUCUGGCCAUUGUCUCCAAGGACAUCAGUAACCAACCACAGCAGCAGCUGACAUUGCCUGAGAUCCUGGAGAGCUUUUAUUCCAUUACAGUAAUAGAAGGAGAGGCAGGCAGUGGAAAGACUGCAUUGCUUCGGAAAAUAGCAAUUCUUUGGGCCUCUGGAUGUUGUCCCAUACUCAGCAGAUUCAAGUUAGUUUUUUAUUUGUCCCUGAAUUCUGGAAAACGUGAUCAAAGUCUGGCCGACCUUAUUUGCAAUCAGGUAAUAGGGCUUAAAGGGACCUUGACUGAAGAUUCUCUGAAGAACGUAUGCCAAAGUUUAACUAACGAGGUCCUGUUUCUUUUGGAUGAGUUUGACACAAUGAAUGGGCUUCCCUGGGCGAUCGAAGAUUUGAUUCAAAAGAACUAUUUGAACAAACACUGCUUGGUUAUUGCAGUGCGUCCUCACCAAGUUAGAGGAAUUCGCCAACAUGCAAACACUCUUCUCAGUAUUUUGGAAUUCCCAUUAAGUAGCACGCUCUAUCUGUUAAGAAAACUAUUUUCAUACAAUGUUCGGCUUUUAAGAGACUUUUUUAUUAAAUAUACUUAUAAAGAGUCUAUGCAUUUUAUGCUGAAGACUCCCCUUUUUGUUGCAGCUCUUGCCUCAUACUGGGCUCAGAAUCCCAAUGGCAACAUAUUCACUGGUACUGUCAUUUUAAAAGCCUACAGACUGUACAGCUUGUUGAAAUAUCCUCAAGAAGUGGAUCGCAUGAAAGCCAUGAUGUCUGCUUGUGGUGAAUUAGCUUUACAAGGUGUCCUCAAAUCCCUCUUUAACUUCAGUGAGAAGGACCUGUCUGAAAUUGGGAUUAAUGUGGAGGAAGCUCUUUACUUUGGAUUGCUGAGCAAAUUUACUGCCCAAAGGCUCCAGCCACUCUAUAAGUUCUUCCACCUUUCCUUCCAAGAAUUUCUUGCAGGACAAAAAAUGAGUGAGCUCUUGGCUUCAGAUGUGCAGUCAGAUAAAAAGAAAGGCCUGGAAUACUUGCAACAAAUCAACACGUUUGUGAAAAUUAGUGGGCGCUACCAAUAUAUUUUGAGAUAUGCUUGUAGUGAACCAUCCAAAGCAGUACCCAUAAUAAUAUCCCACCUACUGAAUUUACCCAGUUGCAAGAAGUCACUUGAAAGCCAGUCAGAUAUUUAUCUGCAACAAACUCCAGACCUUAAUUUAAUAGGAUAUGAGCUUAUCAGCAUGGCCUCCAGUUUUAUUCCAGAGUAUCAUCACUCAAAAUUCAUCGAAACUGUACUGACAAUUGCUACUGAGUUAGCCUAUCAAAGCAAUAUGAUUUCCAAUUGUGCACCUAUGAUUUUAGAGAUUUUGACUGGAAAAGAGUUUCCUUUAUGUUUGCUGACAAGUGGAUCCAUCCAUCAAUUAUGUCUGGAUUAUCCAGAAAGUUUGUUCUUACCAAGUAGAUUUGAGAUAGUGCUUACAGGCAUGGAGAAACCUAUUGAUAUGGUUGCCGUGGAAAGUGCUUUUCUCAACUUGAAGGUUCCAUCGGUCGAACCAAUAUACACUCAGGCAUUUCAACUGUUCAGUAAUGUUACUCAGCAACUAAAAGAAGGCUUUGAUUCUAUUAAUAAUUUUAGGAGCUAUUUAUGCAGAGAGAUUCCGGAUUCCAUAAUAACUCCAUUUCUCUGUGUGAAAAGCCAUGAGAAGAUUCCAUAUCUGAAAUUUGUUGUCAAUCACAUGAAUUCCCUUGAAGCUCCUGAUAUUGAGAAUUUAAAAUUGCUCUUCUCAUUUUUUGAUAAUAUUGAACUCAAUUUGAAAAAUUGCAAAGGCCUCCUUGAGAAUAUCAAGAUGGCUAUUGAAAAGAACUUGAAGUCUUUUAAAGUCUUCAGCUUAGAUAAUACUGAACUGAAUGAGCUGGAAGAAAACCUACUUCUUUCAAUGUCUUCACUUGAAUCCCUUGACAUUAAGUGGAGUGCUUCAGUACCAGUUUCAGAAACUCUUUUUGCAAAUUUGGACAAAUACACGUUUUUAAAGGAACUCUCGUUGAAUCAAUCUGACUGCCAGACUAUGUCUGAUACAUAUUCCCUAGAGGGAUUCAAAAAUCUUCAUAACAUUGAGAAAUUGAUCCUUGACAACAUUCGGUUUAAAACAAAUUCUGCCUGGCUAGGUGAACUCAUACAGAACUGUCCAAAUCUCUCUCUCUUCCAUUUGCAAAACUCACCCUUUUUUAAUAUGGGAGCUCUUAUGAAUGCAAUGUCUUCCUGCAAGAAGCUUACUGAAAUUCUCCUCAAUGACUUGAAUGUUGGAGAUGAAGAUCUGUAUACCCUUACUGCUGUUUUGCCAAAUUUUACAGCAUUAAAGAUACUAAAUCUCUCAAGAUUAUUUUUGAAAAACAAGGAAGCAUGCACAGCACUGGCAUUAGCUUUACGUUCUCUUAUGAAUUUGGAAGAACUUGUUCUACCGAAUGGAGAAGGAAUAAGGCAUACAGCUACACUGAUUGUUCAACAAUGUUUCUAUUUUCCAAAUCUUCGCAAGUUGGUGUUUUGUCAGUAUUUAAGUGCUGAAGGCCUGUUGGAAAUAGGUAGCUGUUGCUGGAGGUUUUCAAAAACUUGAAUAUCUAUGCCUGUCAGUCAACCAUACAAUUAAUGAAGAGACUUGGAGGAAUUUCUUUCAAAAAUUGUCCAACAUGCCAGACUUACAAACUAUGGAUUUCGGUCGCCUUGCUA